AUGGCCCCAGCGAAGACCCAGCAAUGGGACAGGAAAUGGACCAGAGAGGGCCGCAGGAACGGGGCAGGACUGGGGCAGGACGCGCUCAGCCACGGGGGCUCCAGCGCCUGCCUGGGCACGGGGGAGGCCCCGCCCCUUCGACCAGGCCCCGCCCCCUUCCCGCACGCCCCCGCCCUUUCCAGACAGACCACGCCUCAUUUCCGUUUAGGCCCCGCCCACACAGAGCCGGCCCCAGCCCCGCGCAGGCGCGGCCCCGCCCCUCGCGUCCUCUGCGUUGCCAAGGAGCGAGGGCACUGCCGGCCCCGGGCUCCCGCCGCGACCCCCAUAGGGAGCCCCGCACCCCACAGGGACCCCUCCGCACCUCAUAGGGAACCCCCGCACAUAGGAGACCCCCAUAGGGCCCCCCCCGACUCCCCCCACCCCGCGACCCUCACCCGCAUUCGGGCCCGCACCGGGACCCCCCAGCCGGGGAACGGGGGUAUCCGGUGGGUGCUGGGGGGAGCCCCCCCCGGUGCCCCCCAUCCGUGGGUCAUGCGGCGCCGCAACGAUCGUGCCCCCAGGGAGAAGGCGCUGGUGGCCCCGGAGGAGGAGGCGAAGAGCGCGGGGAGGAAGGGGGAGCAGGGCCCAGAGGGGUUCCAGUGCUGCGGGGUCCUGGAGCGGGACUUCCCCGAGCUCUGCGCCCGCGCCGGCAUCACCCAUGCCCCGCGGGUCACGGUGCGGCCGGCCCCGAGCUUCCCUGCGGACGAGGAGCCCCCCGCGGGGACGCUGGAGGAGGCGCUGGCCCGCAUCGAGCGCAAGUACCGGAGCUUCCAGCCCCGCAUCCAGGUGGAGCGGGAGCAGGGGGAUCCCCGCAGCGUCCGCGCCGUGUUCCUGCGAGGCUGGAAGCUCGAGGAGGAGAUGCUGGGGGUCCUGAGCCAGUGUCUGACUGCGCUGGGGGCGCUGCAGGAAUUGCACCUCUGGAACGUGCCGCUGCCGGAGCUGCUGCUGCCGGUGCUGACGGCGCUGCCAACGCGCUGCUCCCGCCUGCGGACGCUCAGCCUGGAGGGGAAUCCUUUGCCUGAAGCCGCUUUCCAGCUGUUGAUGGGCAGCGACAGCCUGUGAGUGCGAGCUGGGCCCAGCCCCAACAUCUGUACGGGCCAGGAAGGAUGGGGCCAUAUGGUCCUGGUGUGGAGCUAUAUGGGUGCAGGCAGUAUGGGGCUAU